AUGAAUGUGGACACUGUAAAACAUAUGACACAACAACUACAAACCGUGGAAAUUGAUGAAGCUAGGGAAGGCAUUGCCGAAGUAACGAGUAAGUGGAGUAAUCGAGAAAUUAUUAUCAGCGCAUACUAUUGCUUCGAAUUUAUUCAAACAUGUGAAGCAACAGUGAAACUCCCAUUAGGUUUCCAUAUGGUGGCGUCAACGAUGGGUUCAAUCGUGGCAAGGAAACGGGAAGUUCACAAAAACAGAAAUGAUUCGACGGUUCAAAUGCAAGCAAUAACUGCAUAUUCAGCAACGAAUGAAAAGAAUGAUAUAGAACGAUUUUGGAAUCUGGACAUUAUCGGUAUUACCGAGAAAAUUGAUCAAAAGGAUGAUGAGCUGACAGUGAAAGAAUAUGAGAAAAAAGCAACGAUGGAAAAUGGAAGAUAUGCUGCCUGUCUACAUGGAGGAACAGAGAACCCGAACUGCAGUCGAACUUCGGAUUAG